AUUCCGUCAGUUGUUGUGCUGCCGCGUAAGAGGACGGUACCCGUGCGCGGAUUCGUCAUAUAUGGUAUAUGGCAUAUGGCAUACUGCUCCAAUUCCCAAGUUUUUCAAGUUCAGGCGGUUUAAAAAAAUUGCUUUCGAGUGCUUUACAUAAUUUUUUGUCUGUGUUCCUUGUUUUUGCUACAUGCUGAGCGUUUUGUUCAUGGAUGGCAAUUGAAAUUGUGAAGGUCAGCGCAUCGUGUCGUCGCGAUCGGACUCUUAUUUGAGUGUGUGUCGUAAUUCGGCGAAGAGAUCAAUAGCUGUGAAACAGGUUAAAUAUCUGUGUUUAUCAAGACUUUCAAAUCCAACAGUACGUAUAUGAUAAUUCGGUUAUUCGGCAAAGAGAUCAAUAGCUGUGAAAUAGGUUAAAUAUCUGUGUUUAUCAAAACUUUCAAAUCCAACAGAUAUUUGAACACUAGACAGCCAUGAGCGUCAACCCAUGCUGCCACUAGCUGCAGUGCAGCAGCUCAGCAAUGUUGGCUGCUGGCAGCAGUGAGAUCAGUGACUUUGGGCCAAACUCGCAGCGAUUAUCAGUUGGCACCACGCCGAAGCGAGCGCACAAGGCCAGCAGCCACCGACCUGGUACCGGUUCUGGUUCCAGUUCUGGCCCUGGCCCAAUGAAAACUGGUAGCACCAGCGGACCAAGCGGCAACGGAAACAGCAGUGGAGCUGGCUCAAAGGGAGGAAGUGGAGCAGCACGAGGAGGAGGAGGUGCCAUGACUGCCACCACUGUGACAGCGACGACAGGCAAAGCCACGGUCAGCCAUGGCCAUGGUCAUGGUCAUGGUCAUGGCCACGCUAGAGGGGGUCGCAAUGCCCCAGUUGGACGCUCCAAUGUGGACGGAUUCGUUGGUGGUAUCGAGACGUACUUGGGCCUCAUCGGAUGGCGAAAAAAGUGCCUGUACACUCUGCUCCUGCUGCUGAUGCUGCUCAUCAUCACGAAUCUCGUGCUCACCCUCUGGAUACUCAAAGUGAUGGAGUUCUCAACGGAGGGCAUGGGUCAACUGAAAAUCGUACCCGGUGGCAUACAGCUGUCGGGACAAGCGAUAAUUAUGGACAUGCUGCGCGCCUCGACAAUCCGUUCGCGGCACGGACAACCCAUCUCCAUAGAAUCAUCACGUAAUUUUUCAAUCAAUACACGUGACCCGAAUGGCAUGAUUGAGAAUCAUUUAUUUCUGGGACACGAUAAGUUCGAGUGCCUGUCCGCUGGAUUUCGCAUCAACGACACCAACGGACGCAGCCUGUUCUCCGUGAACCGCAAUGAAGUCACCAUCGGAGCCCAUUCACUGCGGAUCGACGGCGAGGGCGGGGCCGUCUUCCGGGAAUCCGUGCAGACUCCCCAUGUCCGCGCCGAACCCGGCCGGGAGCUGAGACUCGAAUCGCCCACCCGCCAAUUGGAGAUGACGGCGGCCAAGGACAUCAAUUUGCAAUCGCGUGCAGGAGGCAUAGAAGUCGUGGCCCUGGAAGAUGUGAAGUUCCGAGCCCUUGAUGGGAGCCUGCGACUGGAGUCCUCGAAGAUACUGAUGCCCAACCUGCGGACGGCCCAGCCGCCCAUCCUGGGCACUGCCCAGAGUAGGGAUCACAUGCACCGCGUCUUCCAGCUCUGCGCCUGCUCCAACGGCAAGCUCUUUCUGGCGGCACCGCACUCGAUAUGUGCCGGCGAUGAUUCCACGGUUUGCAGAUGAUUGCACGACGGCUCGCGCUGGCAGUCCACAUCCACGUCCACGUCCGGAUUCGGAUCGAAUUCUGGUUAAAGAGAGCUGCGUCUCCGGGAUCCGGACAGUCUGCCUGGUAUGCAAGUAUGCGGUUCAUGGAUUCACCAAGGAGCAGAUCACAACUAUGUAUAUCUGUAAGCACAGACAUUACCCAUACGCACACCUACAUGUUGAACUAUUCAUAUGCUAAAUGUAACAUAGAACGGUAUACCGUAUACCUAAUUAGUGGAAAACACUUACACAAAAAUAUGACUACUGAUUACUGAUUAUCGAUUGCUGAUCACCCAUGCGUACGCGAAUAUCCUGCGUCCAGAAUCGUUCAUACCCACUCUCGAGGGAAUUAGGAAAUUGUACCCAAACUCGAAGGACAAAAUCAAGAGCUUCUUAGACACUUGGAUGUUGUGUACUAGUAUAACAAAAGGCAAUUCGGAGACAUAGGCAUUUCCCCAAAUAGACAUAUACUAUAUCACCAAAGUAAUUACUAAAGGAGUAAAUACAUAUAUAGGCAAAUAUAAAACCAUAGUUAAACUUAGGAUGCCGUCAGCGAAGAAACCCAUAUCCGUAUUAACGUUAAUUGAGGCCUAAGAUUUUUUGAACUUAUUUGGUUUCAGACACCCAGUUUUCUUUUUUCUAAAAUAAUAUAACAAGAACCAUUUUUGACACAGUUCGCCUUAUAUGUAUAACGCGAUUUCCUUCUGUUAUCAAAGCUUUAGGCACAAAUUAAGUAUUUCUAAUAGCUUUUAAUUUUAAUUAUUAAUUCUUCUUACUGUUAUUAUUAAUUAAUGAAUUAAUACAAUGAUACAAUUUACGAGGAUUAUUUUGAGUAUAGAUUUCAGAUGAUUUAUGAAUAAAAUAUCCGACCCCUUUCCAUAAAGCAGUCCAGAGAUAUUGUACAUAAGACUGUCUAAUUCAUAGAACUCAAAUACUGCAUUAUAGCAUCACACUGCAAAACAAAUACAAAUUGAAUAGGACGUACUCGUAAAUGUAUUCAUGUAGAUAAUCUCGAAACGACUAAUGAAAUUUAGAAAAUGUUUGUACGAUAACUACGAACAGAAUCAGAAUAUCCAAAAUCCGAAGCAGCAUGCUGGCAUUAAACACAAUACGAAGACAAUGAAAUAUCAUCCAAUGAAUCGCAAGAGCUAUUUAUACCUAUACCUACAUGUGUAAUAUCACAGAUACAAAUAUUAAAACCAAUACGAAUAUGAGUAUAAAUAUGAAUACGAAAAUAAAUAUGGGUUAUGGAGUUUGAACAUGGCUAUGGAUAUAAAUAUGAAUAGAGUUGAAUAUGAAAUUGCCGUUGAAUUUAUCAAGUGUGAGAGCACUGGAUAUAUAGAUAAAUAUAUAAAUAAAUAAAUAAAUGUAUAUGUAUCUGUAUCUGUAUGUAUGUACACCUAAUGCAAAUGCUUUUAAAGGGACAGUAUGUUUAAUUUGUUGUUGAUUUUUUUGUUAGCACUAUUAGGAAACAUAAUGUUUAUAUAGGAAAUACGGAGGAAAAAUACGAAAUCUUUAUAUCACAUACAUAUAUUGUAAUACAGCAACAUACUUAAAAAGAGAAAUACAUGCGUAAACAAGAAACCUAUCAACAA